UGUAUAAAUAAUCGUACAAGAACUGAAUAAGCAUCAGUUUCUACCUGUUGAAUACCAAACAACAUUAACAAUGAACUCCUGUUUAAUUGCCUUUUUCGCCUUCGUGGCCGUUGCCCACGCUGGUAACUUGGUUCUUCCAUCUGCAAGACUCAUCCAAGGAACUACCGUAGUUGCCCAUAGCUCACCUCUGGUUGCUGCCCCAGCUCUAGCCUACUCUGCUCUACCUUUGCCCUAUGCAGCUCAUUCUUCUCCUAUUGUGUCAGCCUACUCAUCUCCUUUGGUAUCCGGUCUUCCAGUUGUAUCAGCUCACUCAGCUUCCAUAUUAUCUGGAGUGGAAAACACUGUUGUAGCUGGUCCUUCCGGAACCAUCGUUUCAGGAAGAUCCGUAGGAGCUCCAGUGGUCUCAGCUUGGUAGACUGUUCUUGAUUUGGCAGAGUGUAAUAAGUGUAUAUUUUCAAAUUUAUUUAAUUAAGCAUUAUAAUUUUCAAUUCUA